AUGGAUUUUGUACACACACCUUCCAAAGCCGGAACGUGGGAAUAUCUUCCUACUUUUGUUUCAGGACAUGGCUACGUUAUGUGUAAACCCAGGAGCAGUACUACCGCUCAAGACUGUGCUGAAGCCUAUGAAGAGGUUGUGUUCAGGAACUAUGGCGUAAGCUCUGAAAUCCGUCAUGACAGAGGUCCCAGGUUCAUGAGUCGGGUGUUCCGUCGUUUCAGCGAGAUGAUGGGUAUCCAGCAGAAAGCAACGCUCGCGUAUCGCCCUCAGGCCAAUGGCCAUCAGGAACGGUCGGGCCAGACAAUUAUGCACAGUAUCAGAGCGUAUGUUGAAGAGCCCGACCAAACCGACUGGGACGACCAUGCAGAGAAGCUUAUGCAUGCUAGAAAUAUCUUCUUCGAUGCGACUAGAUUGGAUACGCCGUUCUACCUACUACACGGGUUCGGUUGUCGGAGUACCAUAGCAGCUAUGCUGGGUCCAGAACCGACGGAUGUCGCAGAACGUACCGUGUAUGAAUGGCACCUAAAAUUGCAGCGAGACUACAGCUACGCCCACGCCUGCGCGGAAGAACUCCAGAGGAAAGUCAAGCGUACGCGGUUUGCGCUUCAGACUCAGAAGAGGAAGGUGUUAUCGGAUCACCUCAAGUCCGACUCGGUCUGGUUAUAUAUCCCUAAGGUCUUGCCAGGUCUGAGUCGUAAAUUGGCCCAUUUGUGGCACGGAUCAUUCAGGAUUGAACAGGUUUGGGACGAUUUCAAGGUGAAAUUGAAGGUUCAGGUCACAGGGUGCCGUGUAGAGUCAUGGGUUCACAUUAGUCGUCUGAAACCACAGGAGGAUAAUUUUGAUGCGGCCUUAUUGCCGGAGGGUAGUUGGGAACCAGGUUUGGUGAAUCAGGAGUAUGAAGUGGACGAAAUUGUGGAUCUAAGAUGGACCAAGCGCUCCCGAAAUGCGAAACGUAUUCGCGAAUAUCGCAUUAAGUGGAAAGGAUACAACAAACUUCAGUGGUUGUCCGUCUAA